CGGGCCGAGGGCGUCAGGAGGUCGCGCGACGUCCGAGGGUGAUGGGAGUUCACAAGUGGGAACCGAGUGUUGACGUCGUGUUUUAUUUAAUAAAAUUGUUUAAAAGUUAGAGUUCGGGCCCGGUCUGUUCUGAGUCAGGCCAUCAGUACAGAUUAAGACCCAUUGCUCCAUGUGAUUGUCCCCCACCGGGAGGCGUUCUCGUGGUUGAUGCCUGGCACCUGAAGGGUGGCACGAUGCCCGCAGCAACUGUGGACCACAGCCAGAGGAUCUGUGAAGUUUGGGCGUGCAACCUGGAAGAGGAGCUCAAGAGGAUCCGACAGGUCAUUCGCAAGUACAACUACAUUGCCAUGGACACAGAGUUUCCAGGUGUAGUAGCAAGGCCGAUCGGAGAGUUCAGAAGCAAUGCCGACUACCAGUACCAGUUACUGCGCUGCAAUGUGGACCUUUUGAAAAUAAUCCAGCUGGGUCUGACGUUUAUGAAUGAGCAGGGAGAAUACCCCCCAGGAACUUCAACAUGGCAAUUCAACUUCAAGUUCAAUCUCACAGAAGACAUGUAUGCGCAGGACUCCAUCGAACUCCUCACUACGUCAGGCAUCCAGUUCAAGAAGCACGAGGAGGAGGGCAUUGAGACGCUCUACUUUGCAGAGCUGCUCAUGACCUCUGGGGUGGUGCUUUGUGAUGGCAUCCACUGGCUCUCGUUCCACAGCGGCUAUGAUUUCGGAUACCUCAUCAAGAUCCUGUCCAACGCCAACUUGCCAGAGGAAGAAGUAGACUUCUUUGAGAUCCUGCGUUUGUUUUUUCCUGUCAUCUAUGAUGUGAAGUACCUCAUGAAGAGCUGCAAAAACUUAAAAGGAGGCCUUCAGGAGGUUGCAGAACAGCUGGAGCUGGAAAGGAUUGGCCCUCAGCACCAAGCAGGAUCGGACUCUCUACUAACUGGCAUGGCUUUCUUCAAGAUGAGAGAGAUGUUCUUUGAGGAUCACAUUGAUGACGCCAAGUACUGUGGUCACCUGUAUGGCCUGGGCUCGGGCUCGUCUUACGUUCAGAAUGGCACAGGCAACGCCUAUGAGGAAGAGGCUAACAAGCAGCAGUCAUGACCCCUGACCCCUAAACCAUAACCUCACCUUCUCUGCUGGUAUGUAUCGCAGCCCAGGACAGUGACUGGGGAGAGGCCGGAGCUUGAGGAGAACCAAGCGUGGAUGGAAGGAUAGAGAAGUUUUCUGGGUCUUACAUCCAGACAGUCUACUGCAGUUCACACGCCAGAUGUUCCGUGUUCAAUUCCCUGUUGGGAGCAGCCAAUUGGUUCAUUUGAAUUUCACAUGUAGCGCUUUAAAUGUGGGAUUUUAGUUUGUCAUAAAACGGAAAGUUCACACUUUAAAGCUCUUGACCAGAUUUUUUGGUUUUAUGAAGAGUAUUGAUUGGCAUUUCUUCCUUUUUCAGAAAUGUAAAUGCAAGAGACACUUCCUCCUCUUUGUUGCCUUUUGUACAUUAACAUUUGUCACUAAAUGUAUGUCUUUUAAGGCAAAAAACGGCUUUUAGUUUCUUCUUCCCAUAAACUUCAGCCUUAAUGAGCUUUAUGUUUUAUAACUUUUUUAUAUUAUUUAUUAUGUUGGCUAUGUAGCUAUGGAAGCUGAGUGUGACAUGGCAGUCCCCUUGAUGUGGCGUUCUUCCUUCUCUGGCGCAGGUCUUCGAGUGUGAUUGGUUGACAUAUGCCCGACCUCACAUUGACACGAACACCAGUGAACAAACACCCAUGAACACGCGUUUCACUCGAGAUUUUACCCCAUACUCAGUACGCACGUUUUACUGUUAAAGGUUCUGCAAAGAGACCAGCUCACUGGCCACUCAGUCAAAGGAGCUCAUCUAAACUUUUCUAUCUGGAUCUUUUUGUUACCCACUUUCACUUUCUAAACUGGCUUGAAGGUUUUGUAGUGUUUUAGUACAAAAAAGUCUAGAGCUUUUAUUCAUUUAAGAAAUAAUGCUUCUUAAUCUAAAGCGAAUGAGGCAAGUUGUCGGAGCAGCGUCAUUUUACCUGUACUGUCAGUUCUGGUUGAAGCACAUCUGUGCUGCCUCCUCUUUGCUGUUGUGUUGCUUUACAGUUCAUCCCCGCUUCCUGGAUCUAUUGCAUUACCAUGGUAAUUGGACGAUGAUCUUGUACAUGCUGUUGUUGCAUAGUACCUGGAGCUCAUCCGCAAACGUGUUGCAUGAACACGGCUUGUGAUCCUUUGUUGAAUGUUGCAUUUCACCAUGGGACGCAAGGAGAAACUUUACCGCUUGCUUUUUUCUUUUUUUUUUUUUUUU